AUGGAGAACCAAACCGGCCUCCGGGAAUUCAUCCUCCUGGGUUUCCCCACCCAGCUGGAAGUCCAGGCUGUGCUCUUCCUGGUGUUUUUGCUCACCUACGUGCUGACGGUCACCGAGAACGUGGUCAUCAUCCUGGUGGUGAAACAGAACCGCCAGCUGCACAAGCCCAUGUACCUCUUCCUGGGGUCCCUGUCCUUCCUGGAGAUCUGGUACAUCUCCGUCACCCUGCCCAGGCUGCUGGUGGACUUCUGGUCUGAGAACAAGGGCAUCUCCUUCCCCAACUGCAUGGCUCAGCUCUACUUCUUCAUCUCCCUCAUGUGCACCGAGUGCGUCCUCCUGGCCGUUAUGGCUUAUGACCGUUACUUGGCCAUCUGCCACCCGCUGCGCUACCCGGCCAUCAUGACCCACCAGCUCUGCCUACAGCUGGCAGCAUUCUCCUGGGCCGGUGGCUUCUCCAUCUCCCUAGUCAAGAUAUAUUUCAUCUCGCAGCUGACGUUUUGCGGCCCCGGGGUCAUCAACCACUUCUUUUGUGACAUCUCCCCGGUGCUCAACCUGGCCUGCACUGACAUGUCGGUGGCAGAGAUGGUGGACUUUGCCCUGGCAUUGGUCAUCCUACUGCUGCCACUAGCUGUGACGGUCUUGUCCUACCUGUGCAUCAUCGGCGCCAUCGUGCGCAUCCCCACCGCCCAGGGCAGGAGGAAGGCUUUCUCCACGUGCGCCUCCCACCUCACCGUGGUCAUCAUCUUCUUCUCAGCCACCCUCUUCAUGUACGCCCGGCCCCGGAAGAUCGACCCCGCCAACCUCAACAAGGUGGUCUCCAUCUUUUACGCCGUGGUCACCCCAGCCCUGAACCCCCUGAUCUAUUGCCUGAGGAACAAGGAAGUGAAGGAGGUCCUGCGGAAAACCUUGGAGAAGAACUGCUCCUUGGCCCAUUGGAGAGGCAUGGACUCAUAG